ACACACACACAUACAUACACACGCACACACACACACACACACACACACACACACAAACAGAUUAUCUGAAUCCCAUUUGUAGUCAAGAGGAAUUUAAAUUUAUCUGAAAUCAGUAGUUUUUGAAAACACUGCCUUAAUAGCCAAGGAUUGCUUCAGUUUUCUUUCGGUCAGAAGCUAGCAAUUCAGUCUUAUAUUUAACAUAGCUGUAAUCUUAGACUUGUUUUGGAUUCUGACCCUUUAUUAACUUCUAUAUUUUAUAGUCACUAUUAGUAGUUUUAGAUUAUUUUAUCUAGAAGUAAUAAAACUUUCUUUAAAAACAUGGGAAGGUGAAUAGAUUGGAAACGUUCUUGUCACUCUGCCCUUUUUACUUCCAACUGUAGUUGCAUCAGAUUGCUACGGUUUAAUUGAAUAAGGCUUAACAAUGACAUGAUAACCGAGGGAAAACUUAGGAUGACAAAUGUGAAGUUUUUGCUUUAGGGAGAGUUACAGAUCUUCAUUUCUCUCCUGUGUGCUGUGGAGCUCGUCGUGCCCUAGUUCAGAGCACCCAGACGCCACUCUGCUUUCAGGACCCCUCGAGUGCCUCCUCCGAUCCUGAUCCCCCAGUUGCCUGAACCAGGGGGCUCCCUCCAGAGAGACUGUCCAUGAGGUUCCAUCUCUUAACCACUGGAAAAGGAGUGUAUUUACUCGGCUUAAGUGCUUCAGCCCCCCUCCCCCUGUCCGUUGUUAUGUACAGAUUCUUUUAUUAUCAUAAAUCAUGUUUUAUCAUCCCUCCUCUUUCGUACUAUGGCUCUUUGGCUUUUCUCUACUUCUUACCAGUAAAUCCAUUUCCAGCUCCAAAUUGAUAAAGAAAAAUAAAUUGAGGGUUUAAUAAUUUUUGCCUAUAUAUUUCUUCCACCAGACUUACCAUAAACAUGAUUGUUAAUGGUGAUUAGGAGAAAGGACAAGGGGUACCUUAUCCAAAUUACCUACCUCAAAUAGAACGAGAAGAAAAAAAGCAACAUUUGCUAAAAAUAGAACAUUUCUGAGAAGUCAUAGGAACAUCUUUUGAGUGCUUUCUAUAUGCCACGAGCUUUUCCAAAUACUUUAUGUGUGUUUUCAUUUAUUCAAUCCCCAGGACAGCCAAAGGAAUUACAGUCUCUGUCUGCAUCAAGCAGAACAAUUAUGGGCAGUUAUGGGCAUUCUUCUGGUUUUAGGGUGCUGGGUUUUGAAAAAAAUGUUUCUUUUUAGUCAUCAUGGGAGUUUGAAUAAAAUAUUUCAGUUAAAUUUCCGUCCGUAUGAAAUGCCAAAUCUUUUGUCUCCUUGGGCCUUCCCCAAAUCUAUUCAUUGCAGUAGGUUUUCCACGAAACCUACUGCAGUAGGUUUCUGGUUACUCUGUAGUUUUUUCUAUGUAGCAGUUUUAACACCUCCUUUCUUUCUGUACCACCCACUCAAGCUCAUUCCAGGUGCCCUCAGCAAAUGACUCCCAAGGUAUUUAAGUGGCCAAAGCUCAUUCAAUUGACCAAUGAGGAGACAUGUGCCAUGUCUACCAGAAUGACGCAGUUCCUGGGAUCAGGAUCGAAGGUUGCUUUAAGCAAAGCUUUUGUUAUAAUUAGCCUGUUGCAGCCAAAUUUCAAGACUGGAAAGGAUUUGGCACAAAGGGAACUCUAAAAACUGAACAGAGAAAUCCAAAGCAAGCUGCCUGAAUUUGCCUGUAUACUCCUGCGUCUUACAAAGGACGAGACAAAUCAAAUUGGUAGUUUUUGUCACUUCUGGUUUUCGCUGCAAGACAACGUGACUCCUGGAUUAGUUUAGGUCUGCCGCAUCUCCAGGACGCGCCAUCCCGUCCCAGCUAGCCGGCCGGUGCGGAGCGCCCGCGGGGCGAGAACAGGGCGUCGCCUGCGCAGCUGCCGCCCGCGCCUGCCGGUCCCGGAGCCGCGCGCCAUGACCGCAGAGGACUCCGGCGCAGCCCCGAGCGGCGACGCGGCGGCCGCGCGCCCCCCGGCGCCCGAGGGCGUGGCGGGCGCGCCCAACGAGGCGGCGCUGCGGGCGCUGAUGGCGCGCACGGGCUACAGCCUGGCGCAGGAGAACGGGCAGCGCAAGUACGGCGGCCCGCCGCCCGGCUGGGAGGGCCCGCGGCCGCAGCGCGGCUGCGAGGUCUUCGUGGGCAAGAUCCCGCGCGACGUGUACGAGGACGAGCUGGUGCCCGUGUUCGAGGCGGUGGGCCGCAUCUACGAGCUGCGCCUCAUGAUGGACUUCGACGGCAAGAACCGCGGCUACGCCUUCGUCACCUACUGCCACAAGCUGGAGGCCAAGCGCGCCGUGCGCGAGCUCAACAACCACGAGAUCCGCCCGGGCCGCCUGCUCGGCGUGUGCUGCAGCGUGGACAACUGCCGCCUCUUCAUCGGCGGCAUCCCCAAGACGAAGAAGCGCGAGGAGAUCCUGGAGGAGGUGGCCAAGGUCACGGAGGGCGUGCUCGACGUGAUCGUGUACGCCAGCGCGGCCGACAAGAUGAAGAACCGCGGCUUCGCCUUCGUGGAGUACGAGAGCCACCGCGCCGCCGCCAUGGCGCGCCGCAAGCUCAUGCCCGGCCGCAUCCAGCUGUGGGGCCACCAGAUCGCCGUGGACUGGGCCGAGCCCGAGAUCGACGUGGACGAGGACGUGAUGGAGACCGUGAAGAUCCUCUACGUGCGCAACCUCAUGAUCGAGACCAGCGAGGACACCAUCCGCAAGAGCUUCGGCCAGUUCAACCCGGGCUGCGUGGAGCGCGUCAAGAAGAUCCGCGACUACGCCUUCGUGCACUUCGCCAGCCGCGAGGACGCCGUGCGCGCCAUGCGCAGCCUCAACGGCACGGAGCUGGAGGGCUCGUGCCUGGAGGUCACGCUGGCCAAGCCGGUGGACAAGGAGCAGUACUCGCGCUACCAGAAGGCGGCCAAGGGCGGCGGCGCGGCCGAGGCGGCGCCCGGCUACGUGUACUCCUGCGACCCGUACGCGCUGGCCUACUACGGCUACCCCUACAGCGCGCUGGUCGGGCCCAACCGCGACUACUUCGUGCGAGCAGGCAGCAUAAGAGGCCGAGGGCGAGGUGCGGCUGGCAACAGAGCCCCAGGGCCCAGGGGCUCCUACCUUGGGGGAUAUUCUGCUGGCCGCGGUAUAUAUAGCCGAUAUCAUGAAGGAAAAGGAAAGCAGCAAGAAAAAGGAUAUGAACUUGUGCCGAAUUUGGAAAUCUCUACCGUCAAUCCAGUUGCCAUUAAACCUGGUACAGUAGCCAUUCCCGCCAUUGGGGCCCAGUAUUCCAUGUUUCCGGCAGCCCCAGCCCCUAAAAUGAUUGAAGACGGCAAAAUCCACGCAAUGGAGCACAUGAUAAGCCCUAUUGCUGUGCAGCCAGACCCAGCCAGUGCCGCCGCUGCCAUUAUUCCUGCUGUGUCCACGCCACCCCCCUUCCAGGGCCGCCCAAUAACUCCAGUCUACACGGUGGCUCCCAACGUUCAGAGAAUUCCGGCUGCUGGGAUCUACGGGGCCAGUUACGUUCCGUUUGCCACUCCAGCCACAGCCACGAUCGCCACGCUACAGAAGAACGCCGCCGCCGCCGCCGCCGUGUACGGGGGGUACGCGGGCUACAUACCUCAGGCCUUCCCCGCUGCUGCUAUUCAGGUCCCCAUCCCCGACGUCUACCAGACGUACUGAGGGUGGUGACAAGAGCGAAGACCAGCCCCGGAAACACCACUGAAGGAAUGCUUUACUAUUUAUGAAGAAAGAACAUGUUGGAUUAGCACAUGUAUGCAACCUGAAAGUGAAGAAUGCUAUGAAAUCUCAUACUGAAAUAUUUUAUAUACAUGAAGUUUUCACUAGUUUUUAAAGACUCUUUUCAAUUUAGCAGGCCUGUGUUCACACAUUUCUAAGAGACUUGCAAUGGUCCGUGCCUUGAUAACAUCUUUUAAAAAUUUGUAUGCCGUGCUACAUUUGUAUAGAGGUUUUGGGGUUUUUUAAAAGGAUAUAUUUUCAGUAUGAAGGUUAUUUUCUUAACUUCUGCACUCCAGAGAUUUCUAUUUUGUAGUACCUUCAAUAGUAUAUCAACUAUAUAUUACAGAAGCACACUUGAGCAGCUAGGGAACUAUUUUGAAACAUAUGUUCAAUAUUUAAAGAUACAAACAAUAGUGCUUUAAAAUACUACAUAAAAUGUCAUUUUAAAGGUUAUACUGGAAAGUGCAAUUUUAAAAAUGAGUAAAACCUCUCUAUUUCUACUGGCAUUAAGGGUUGACGGUGUUACUAUGUGUUAGCCAUGGCGGUUCUGGUUUUUAAGAGAAAUUAAACACACAGUCUCUCCUUAAGCCAGCAUUGAAAGACUCAUCAUAGUUCUUGAGUCCAAACACUGGAAAGGGCUCACCUGCCACCGUUGCCGGGGCUUAUUCUCCAUGUGCCAUUACCAUUAAAAAUGCCUCCCCGCCUCCAUGUGUCACUCUCUCCCCUCCUCCCCAAAUCCCUAAACCGACCCAGUGUUUGGCAGGUGUAGGACAAACAAAUAACUCUGGUAGAGAGAACAGCUGGUGGGUUUUAAACUACUUCUCCUUGGGUUUUUUGUUUUCUUUUGGGUUUUUUGUUUGUUUGUUUUGGUGGGGAGGUAUUAUCUUUAAUGUUUGCUAGUUUCAAUAGAAGAGUAAGCACAAGGUUUUAAUAGGUCUUUGUAAGACAGCUUUCCAUACCCUAUUCAAUUAAUUGCCCAGUAUAAAACUUUAAUUCCUGUUCUAAUGCUUUUUUCAUUUUUGAAGUAUGAGUUUGCAGGGGCAAAGAAUGUAUGUUAUUGCAAACAACGCCCCCACAGGCUCUCAUCAGCAAAGACCUUUGCUUCUAGUUGCCUUGUCAUGUUUCAUGCGAAAUGUCUGUCCUCAGGGCGUUGGAAUCAUUAUGCUUACAGAAUGGGGCGCUUUCUUCUGUCGCUGUGCUCUUGGCAGGUGAGCUGAAUUGGGGUGUGCACCUCCAGGAGGAGUAGAGACCUACAGGAAUUAAAAGGUAGUUUGUAAAUAUCUCCUAAUGCUUGUUUUUAGUGCUUUUAUGUUGUAGAACUUCAUGGUAUGUAGUUUAAUGCAAAAUGAUGCAUUUUAUUUCAAUGUUAUUAAAGAGGUUUGUUUUAUUAGGAAAUAAAUGUAUUGUUGCAGUGGUUUGUGCCUGUUUAAAGGCUUCUGUUUAGCAGAGUGAAUGUAAAAUGCAGUAAAAUGUUAAGAUUGUCAUCUACUUUGUGAAAUAUAUCAACUUGGAAUCUUUUUAAAAGGCUCAAUCAAGGAAGUGAGGUGUGCAAUAAGGUAGCAAACACAGAAUUGUGUUUUUAUGUCAUGUUAGAGAUCCAUAAAAUCUUUCCACUCACUGGUUUUUUUUGUUUGUUUGUUUGUUUUGUUUUGAUGAUGGAAUUCUUACUUGUGGAUUAUUAAUAGGAUCAUGGCCUUAGCCAAUACUUUUUUUUUGUUUUAAAUUAAGAGAUCCCCAAAUGCCUUUUCCCUCCCUCAUCUUGGGAUGAGAGAUGAGCUUUUAUAUAUAAGCAAUAUUUAUUUAACUAUUCUAUAAAAUUAUUGAGUGCCUGCUAAGGCCUUUAAACAUUCCUAACAUUCCCUUCCAUCAUUCUUAAAUGACAUAAAGUAAUUGUGCAAUGUUCCUGAUCAUGGGCCCAGCAAGCUGCACCCAAACCCAAAUCUGUUGGAAUGAGUAAUUCAACAAAAAUGCAUUUUGGAUCCGAUCCUUAUCCCUUGACUGCGAAAGAAGGAUUGUCACAGAGGUUCACCGGAUGAAACUCUGACCCAGUAUUCUACUGUACUUUACAUGUGCCUGUAAAUUAUUUGUAAGAAAGAAAGAAAAUGGUAUUUUAACAUGGCAACUUCCAAACUACCUUAGAAACAAAUGUUGUGACAUAGCCAGCGAAGUGUCAGUGAGCCUGGUAUGCGUGGACUUGUCUGUCCCCGUUGUUUCAGAACCAUUUCACGUACACUACUGAGGUAAGUUUAUAACUUGAAAUGUGAACUUUUUUUUUUUUUAGGGUUAAGAACAAACUAUAUAAAUAUACAAAAAAAAAAGGUUUUAGAGUUCUGUUUUCAGACAUGCUAGUAGUUUAGUUAUCUUUAGCUGCUUUGUAUUUGAAAAUCUUUUAUGUAGAUUUGCUCCAUUUACGGUACAUUCAUAGGAUGUAUGUAGAAAAUAAAGCUUUCUUCAAAGCAAUUUCAAGACCUUA